AUGAAGAAGCCAACGCAGGAGGAGGAGCAGAGCAAGGUGUCCCCGAUGAGUCAUUAUGAUGAAGCCAGCCGUGCUGCUCAGCAAAUGCUCAGGAAGACCCCCUUUUCCGAAAGGUAUCUGGUGACACCUGAGCAGAGUACCUUUGCACGGUCUGACCAGAAAUCGGAACAGGUGCCGGUGCCCAGAAGACAGUCGGCGCCCCAGGAUGCUCAGCGCCAGCCCACCCACCUGCCGUCUGUGUCAGCCACCCGCAGAACCUCUAGUGAGAUUGAUUCAAGGGGAAAGUGA